AUGGCGCCGCCGCCGUGCCGACCGAGCGGCCGGGCUCCACUUCCUGAGCUCCACCCAAGCCGCUACCGCUCACACAUCCCACGGACGUCCCGGCCGCUCAGGCUCAGCGCAGCCAGGCCGCCCCCGCUCUCCUGCCCGGCCCCCGUUUCAGCCGCCUCCCCGGACCUGAACCUGCCUCAGAGUCAGGACUGCGGGAGGGGCGGGGUGCCCCGGAUCCACCGUAGAGCCCCCGGGGGGAAGCCCGCAGCCCUCGCGCUCAGCCUGCUUCCACCGCCUCUGACACCUGCCCUGCGCCCCUGGCUGCCCUCUCUGGCCCCGACCUCCGCCCUGCCCCGACCUGCCCUCUUCCUCAUUCUCAGAGCCCGUUGCCUGGGCAGGUUCUCGCUGCAGCUCCGCGAACACCAGCUCGUCCGGAAAGGGUCAGGGAGCAGAGGCUGGGCCUGA